CCUUUUCUGAAGUCAGAUCCUGCAAGCUCACUUUACCCCGACCCGCCCGCUGUCCUGGGGACCUGCCCAAAGCCCUGUGGCGAGGCCAGGAGCUUACUGUCCCCAGCUGCUCCCUGACUCCGGAGAUUAUCGCCCGCCGCUCUACCCCCUUCCCACUGGGGUCCUCCCUGGAAGUCUUCCAGGCCCCGCCCCCUUCUCCAAUGCCCUUCUCAGACUCUCACUGUACCCUACGGAAGGCACAGUCAAAGCAACCGAACGUUUAAUUAUUUGAAUUUUCUCAAAGUAAUUCAUGUAUAAUAAAAAGUCAAACAUUGAAGCUGGUCUUAUUUUGAAGAGCAGUGCCUACCCAUCCCCAGAUCUUUGCAGAGGCUGCCACUUUUAAUUUUUCCCCAUUUAGAUGUUUUUAUCACCCUAAAUCAAAAUAAUGUGCGUUCCUCUGUAUUUCUGGAUUUAUCAUUUUGAUAUUUCUUUGCCUUACUUUCCUACUGCCAUAAUGUUGUCAAUUUUCUAUCGCUAUUUUAGGUCUUCCAUUUGUAGCUUCAAAUAAUAGGUAUCAAUUUCCAUUUAUUGUUCUAUUGACUUUAGAUGGUGUCUCUUAAUGUCUCUACUGCCUUAGCUAAGGAUAUUAACACAUCCUCCACUUAGUCAAUCUAUCAGUUGGAACUCAACAUUUACAUUUUAGUUUUCACGUAUUCAACAGGUAUUUGAGGCACUGUUCUUGGCAUUGGGGAAAUAGAAAUGAACAAAACAGACAAUGACCCUAUCUGCAUGAAAAAGUUCUAGUAUGGGAAGUAAGACAAUAGACAAAUACAUGGCAAAUGACGUCAAAAGCAGGAUCAUGCAGAAGUCAUUUUCAACUGGGAGAACAGCAGGAACCCAAGUCAGGUAGAUUUAAUGGACGAGGAGUUUGCAGGAGUGUGCGGAAGUUUAUUCCUUUGCCUAACUGGACACAGGUGCUGUUUCAAGGAGAGGUCUUGUUAACCGGGAGCCAGGAUAGAUUCUUUAGUAAGUUAGUGAUUUACCAAAAGGAGGUUUUAGGAUACUGGAUCCCACAGUCUGGUAGUGAUAGUGAGAGGAAGAAAAGCAGGAGGCAGGGAAUCUAGUGAGAAGGCACACGCUGCCAGUGGCAUAUCAGAGUCCUGCAAAAUUUACUGCCCUGCUUCCUGCUUCCUGCUACUGGACUGCCCUAAACCAUAGUGAUUUUUCUCUCUCUUUUUGAAUUUGUAUUAUACCUUAAAGCUAAAGAGGUUAAGAAAUUUGCCCAAGAUAGAUGGCAGAGCCCCAAGCCAAACAUCUGUAAAAUGAGAACAAUAAUGGUCUCUGCCUAGGGUUGUGAAAUAAACCAACUUAAUUCAUGUAAAGUGCUCAGAACAGUGCUUGGCACAUCAUAUAAGUGCUCAAAGAGUGCUUGCUUUUAUUAUUAAUGUAUGUUCUCAAUUUACCUCACAAAUUCUAAAAGGAUUUUGGGUUUAGGAACUAUUUUCUAUGUCUAGCUGGUUUAUUCAUUCAACAAAUAUUUAUUUACUCAGCAAUAUCUGCAUUGCAGGUGCUAUUUAGGUGCUGAGGAUACAACAGGAACUAGGACCAACAUGGCCCUUCCUUGUAUAGACUCUAGCUGGUAACACAAGCUAGCAAAGUGAAUGAAUAAAUAUUGCCAACUGAGCCAAGAGCCUGCCAUUGACCAUGACCAUUUUGUCAUGCCCAUACGUGGCCCUGACAAAAAUCUCAGAUUUCUUGCUGGAGUAGUGAUUUCAUCAAUAUGGGUGUGAUGAUCAUCAAAUGAUCUUUGUUUUAAUCUCCAAGGGAUGUUAUUUCAUCUCUGCUUGUAACAUACCACUAAAAGCUCAGAAGAAUGUCUUGGCAUCUUGGUGAAUAAUAAGUACGUUAGUGCUGGAGCAGUGGGCAGGGGUUUAAAAGGCACAGGAAAAGAACUGCUGUUUCCUUUACAGUUUUUACAUUUUAGUGUGCAACACAAGAAAACAAAUUGAGCGUGUAGGCAAUGGGCUUCUGGCAUACUACCUUUUGACACUUUGAAUUGUAUAAAUGUAAAUAUAAAGAUACCAGAGAGUGAGGCUGGAGGUAUUUAUGGCCUUACUUCAGAUACUGAAAUACCACAUUUUAUGUGAACUUACCCAAGUUUAAGAGAAAUAAUGCUGAUUUGUAGAGCAUGAUUGGAAUGGUAAUGGUCUAGUAGAACGAUCCCAGGGGAGAAUCAGAGUUGGCCAAGUGAAUGAAGACUGAGGACUCCCAAUAUUCACUCACUUAGGCAUCCCUAUCAUCCCCUUCAUGAUGUGAGUAAUGUGACCCAUUCAGACCAUGCACCCUUCAGUUGGAAAGGUGAAUGCUUACUAAAGAAGCCUUUACCACUUCUCCCUGAUUUCAUUCAUGUUCUGAGGAGGGUGUGAGAAGGAACCAUGGAUCCCACAGCCUUGGUGGAAGCCAUUGUGGAAGAAGUGGCCUGUCCCAUCUGUAUGACCUUCCUGAGGGAGCCUGUGAGCAUUGACUGUGGCCAUAGCUUCUGCCACAGCUGCCUCUCCGGACUCUGGGAGAUCCCAGGAGAAUCCCAGAACUGGGGUUACACCUGUCCCCUCUGUCGAGCUCCUGUCCAGCCAAGGAACCUACGGCCUAAUUGGCAGCUGGCCAAUGUUGUAGAAAAAGUCCGUCUGCUAAGGCUACAUCCAGGAAUGGGGCUGAAGGGUGAUCUGUGUGAGUGCCAUGGGGAAAAGCUGAAGAUGUUCUGCAAAGAGGAUGUCCUGAUAAUGUGUGAGGCCUGCAGCCAGUCCCCAGAGCAUGAGGCCCACAGUGUUGUGCCAAUGGAGGAUGUUGCCUGGGAGUACAAGUGGGAACUUCAUGAGGCCCUCGAACAUCUGAAGAAAGAGCAAGAAGAGGCCUGGAAGCUGGAAGUUGGUGAAAGGAAACGAACUGCCACCUGGAAGAUACAGGUGGAAACCCGAAAACAGAGUAUUGUAUGGGAGUUUGAGAAAUACCAGCGAUUACUGGAGAAAAAGCAGCCACCACAUCGGCAGCUGGAGGCAGAGGUAACAGCAGCUCUGGCCAGCCUACAGCAGGAGGCGGCGGAGACCAUGCAGAAACUGGAGUUGAAUCAUAGUGAGCUCAUCCAGCAGAGCCGGGUCCUGUGGAGGAUGAUUGCGGAGUUGAAAGAGAGAUCACAGAGGCCUGUCCGCUGGAUGCUGCAGGAUAUUCAGGAAGUGUUAAACAGGAGCAAAUCUUGGAGCUUGCAGCGGCCAGAACCAAUCUCCCUGGAGCUGAAGACAGAUUGCCGUGUGCUGGGGCUAAGAGAGAUCCUGAAGACCUAUGCAGCUGAUGUGCACCUGGAUCCAGAUACUGCUUACUCCCGUCUCAUCGUGUCUGAAGACAGAAAACGUGUGCACUAUGGAGACACCAACCAGAAACUGCCAGACAAUCCUGAGAGAUUUUACCGCUAUAAUAUUGUCCUGGGAAGCCAGUGCAUCUCCUCAGGCCGGCACUACUGGGAGGUGGAGGUGGGAGACAGGUCUGAGUGGGGCCUGGGAGUAUGUAAGCAAAAUGUAGACCGGAAGGAGGUGGUCUACUUAUCCCCCCACUAUGGAUUUUGGGUGAUAAGGCUGAGGAAGGGAAAUGAGUACCGAGCGGGCACCGAUGAGUACCCCCUCCUGUCCUUGCCAGUCCCUCCUCGCCGGGUGGGAAUUUUUGUGGAUUAUGAGGCCCAUGACAUUUCCUUCUACAAUGUGACUGACUAUGGCUCCCACAUCUUCACUUUCCCCCACUAUCCCUUCCCUGGGCGCCUCCUGCCCUAUUUUAGUCCUUGCUACAGCAUUGGAACCAACAAUACUGCUCCUCUGGCCAUCUGCUCCCUGGAUGGGGAGGACUAAGAGAGCUAUCAUCCUAACCAGAGAGGCCUUGGAAUUGGGCCUGGCCUCCAUGGGGCUUGGAGGACCCAGCCACUGACAGGUAUCCCCUGAAACUGAUGUGAGCUCAGAAUCCAAGGAUUCCUCUGUCUGAUCCUUUGGUCAUUGCUACCAGGCUAAAGUCUGUCAUGAAACCACUUAUUUUAAAAAGCAGAGGCCCAGUCAAAUGAGCACUGCACCCCAUGAGGAAAGCGUGACAGGGCUGAUGGUGAGGAUCAGAGCAGUUCUAAGGUGACUUGUUGGGGUAAGGAUCAGGACUUUGUCCGUGGAGUAGCCAAUGCCCCUCUUCCCUGAUUCCUGUCCGGUGUCACAGUUAAGUCAGUGAGGAUGAUGAAGUAGACACAAUCUUCAGGACACUAUUAGAUAGGCAUUCCCAAUAGGCCAAAAAAAUGCUGCCCAUACCCAGAGCUGGUUGUUGUGCUGAGGCCAGUCAGAGGAUGCUUCCCCUGAGGUUUGCUACAACUAAGCAAGCUUUAUGUGACCCUCACCCUCUUACCACCUGGCAAGAGAAAUUCAGUGCAGCAGGGGGACACCGACCCACCCAAGCCACCCCACUGCCGUUCCCUCUCUGAGCACAACCUGGGCAAAUCACUGUCCCUUGGACUCCUGGGAGACCAGUGUCCUAGUCCUGCUUUUUUUCUCUAAGUGGCAGGAUCACAAAACCUGUGAGCCUUAGUUUGUAUUUUCACUUUAUGAAUGAGGAAACUGAAAUGACCUUAAUGGAGCAAGUUAUUUCUUUUUUUUUUUUUUUUUUUUUGAGAUGGAGUCUCACUCUGUCACCCAGGCUGGAGUGCAGUGGCACAAUCUCAGCUCACUACCAGCUCCACCCCCUGGGUUCAUGCCAUUCUCCUGCCUCAGGCUCCCAAGUAGCUGGGACUACAGCAGGCACCCACCACCACACCUGGCUCAUUGUUUUGUAUUUUUAGUAGAGACAGGGUUUUACCAUGUUAGCCAGGAUAGUCUCGAUCUCCUGACCUCGUGCUCUGCCCACCUCGGCCUCCCAAAGUGCUGGGAUUACAGGCAUGAGCCACCAUGCCUGGCCGCUGGAGCAAGUUAUUUCUUACAAAGCUGCUGAAGAUAAGAUUAUAAAAAUUAUAAAGCAUUUUUCACACUCAUAUGAAACAAGGUUGACAAACUCACUUCACAGGUCACAUGCCUGUACAUCAUUUAUUAUAUUUGGGUCUGAAACUUCUCACAUGUUUGGAAGGUUUUAUGUGUCCUCACUGGGAAAAUGGGUGUAAUUCAGCAUAAGACCUCAUAUUAUUGUCCUGCCUCAUGGAACUGUUGUAUAGAUCCCAGAUCCAUCCCAUACAUUUGUUCCGUCUGAGGCACAGAGGCAGGCAAGCCACAGAUUUUGCACGUGGUGACCUUGCCACUGUGCCACGAUACAGCCCGCAUCUUAUAGCAAUGCCUUUGUCUCAGGGCCUCUCCUGACAGUCUAGAGCCUUUCAGGCAGAAAGGUGCUUCAAAUGGCUGUGAUAAGGAAUACUAAAAAUUGUGUUUCUACUUUAAUUGUAUUAUAUUGGCUGUUCACGUAUGUAGGAGUUAAAACAGGCCAAACUUGGAGAAAUAAACUCAUUCUGCCCACCAUG